AUGUCUCCUAGCUAGGCUGCUGUAGUUUCUGCUUGAAGAUAUAGAGGAGAAGGAGGUCGGUGGACUGGGGGAGCCACAGCAAUACAGACUGGUUAAAACAUAUGUAGACUACAGCUGCAAAAAUGCCUGAAUUUCGUCAAAGCACAUCAGGCAAGAUGUUCAACGUUCGCUUUUCGAAUGCAGUCACAUCAGUUCUAUUGGAUACCAAUGAGCAGACUUGGGAGACAGUUGAAGGAAAACCUGAGUCUGAGCUACCCAUACAGUUAAAACAUCGAGUCCUAUUCCUGGAUUCUUCUCAACAGAAGCAUAAAGAGUUACCUGGUCAGGUUCUUGAUCUGGAAGAUCUUGAAGAACUGCACUUAGAAAAGAACCGGAUAGAAGCUAUUCCUAAGGAAAUCUACCAGCUCCAUAAUAUAAAAGUCCUUUACUUGAAUAACAAUAACAUUACUCAGAUUUGUGAUGAGUUUGGAGAGCUAAAAAAGCUAGAGAGCUUAGACCUUAGCAAUAACCCACUUGACUGGAGCUCCCUGGAGAUCAUUGGUGGACUGCAUCAGCUCCGCGAAUUAAGACUGUAUAGUGUAAACCUUAAUGAAUUUCCAGUUCUGAUCUGCAAAAAACUCCACCAUUUGCACCUACUGGGCCUCUCCAAGAACAGACUUAAAUCUCUUCCACCAGAAGUAGUUAAUCUAACACAUCUUAAAGAAAUUUAUUUAAGGAAUAAUAAAUUUUCCUUGUUUCCAAAACAGAUCUGUGUACUUCAAAGCCUAGAAAUUGUUGAUCUUGAGGAAAAUAGACUGACAUCUAUACCUGAAGAGAUUUGUUUUUUAUCUAAUCUUAAUAAAUUGUUUAUCAGUGUAAACAAUCUGUCGUUCGUACCAAAAACUCUCAGUCGUUGCACAAAGUUGUCAGUUCUUGAUGCUUCUGGAAAUCACCUUCAAAGGCUUCCUCAUUUACUUAAAGAAUUAGGAGAUCUGGAUGAACUUGGGCUGUCAAAUAACGUCUUGAAAAUAUUACCAUCUACAGUAACAAAGUUACAUUCUCUCUGUGUCCUCUAUCUAAAAAACACAGGAUUGUCAGUGUUACCUGCUGAGUUUGCCAAGUUGGAAUUUCUCAAGAUACUAGACCUUAGUCUAAACUCUUUUACUGAAUUCCCUACUGUGAUCUGUGCGCUUAAAAAUCUUCAAGUGAUUUCACUAGAUGACAACUUAAUGAGCUCGAUUACACCACAAAUAAAAUCACUACAAAAUCUGACGCACUUGGGAAUGACUGGAAACAGGUUUCCUGCUUUUCCAGAGGAGAUCUUCUGGCUGGAAUCUUUGGAGAAACUGUAUAUUGGACAGGAUCGUGGCACUCAACUUACAAAUUUACCAGACAACAUUUGCAUGCUCACGAAUCUGAAAGAGCUGUACAUUGAAAACAACAGUUUGGAAUGUCUUCCAUCCACACUGAACCAGCUGAAGAACCUCAAAGUUCUGGAUUGUCACAGUAACCAUCUAAAUCAUCUGCCAGAUUCAGUCUGCAAAAUCUAUGGGUUGAAAAAACUGCUUCUUUCCAAAAACCAGCUGUCUACUCUGCCAGAUAAUCUGGACAUGUUACACACACUUGACCUGCUUGUUCUGGAUGGGAAUCCUAUGACAGACCCACCAGUGGAGGUAUGCAGCCAGGGAAAAGCUGUCGUGUGGGAAUACCUUAAAGAAAAGAGGCGCAAAAAUCAGAUGGCAACAAAGAUUCAAGCAUGGUGGCGUGGGAUCAUGGUACGGAAAGGUCUUGGGCCCUAUUCUUACCUUCUUCAGAUUGGGAAAAAAAGCAAAUCAAAGAAGGAUAAGAAAGCAAAGGGAAAAAGCAAGAAAGGUGUUGUGAAAGGAAAAAAAAAGUAACAGUGAACAUCUAUCUCACAGAAACGAGAGGGCGUCCUGUUGUUAUGGAAACAUACUGGCAUACAGUAUACAGCAGAACUUUAGUGAGCAUGGGCUUUGCAGACUAUUAUUCCCAGAUACAAUGGAUGCAAGUGAUCAAACCAGUUUCUCCUGUUACAUUAAAGGUCUUUGUUAUAUAAGACAUUCCAUACUGUGCUAACACAACCUUACUUCACCGCCAACACACAAUUCACAUGCAAUGCCACACUCUCAGGCUACUAUAUUUAUUUGCUUUUGUGUUCACCAUGAAAAAAUCUGCACAGGAUGUAAAAGACAAAAUGUAUUGUAGCCAACAGUCCACUAAAUAGUAUAGAUUGUGCUUUAAAUAAAUUCAGCAUAAAAAACGAUUGUAAA